GGUACAUAUAAACCACUUCUGCAACCCAGACAUACAUCUUUCAUCUCUGCUUCCAUCUACCAUGUCAAACGUAUUCUUCGACAUCACCAUCAACGGCAACCCCGAGGGGCGUAUCGUCUUCAAGCUCUUCGACGACGUUGUGCCCAAAACUGCCAAGAACUUCCGUGAGCUCGCUACUGGCCAGCAUGGAUUUGGAUACGAAGGCUCCAGCUUCCACCGUAUCAUCCCCCAGUUCAUGCUUCAAGGCGGUGACUUUACCAAGGGUAACGGCACCGGUGGCAAAUCCAUCUACGGCGAAAAGUUUGCCGAUGAGAACUUCCAGCUCAAGCACACCAAGCCCGGUAUUCUUUCCAUGGCCAACGCUGGCAAGAACACCAACGGCUCGCAGUUCUUCAUCACGACCGUUGUCACCUCUUGGCUCGAUGGUGCUCACGUCGUCUUCGGUGAGGUAGUCGAGGGACUGGACCUCGUCAAGAAGAUUGAGGGUCUCGGUUCCUCGUCUGGCACGCCCAAGGCCAAGGUCGCCAUUUCCAAAUCUGGUACCGUGUAGGGAAGUUUUUAUUGAAGUAAGCUUAAAGAGAAUGCAUUAAAGAAGACGACUAUAUACACUGUACUACGGAGAAAUUGAAUUGUGCUGUUCAAAAAUUUUCGGGGAC